AUGUCGCGCGGACAGCUUGUAGCGCUGGUGGUUCUGGCGCUGGGCGUGGUUGCUUGCCACGCCUCUGAUGAUCCUACUGUCAGCCUGAAGGGCGUGCACGAUCUCACCCCUGACACCUUCGACUCAAUCGUCAAUGGCGGCAAGCACGCGCUCGUCGAGUUCUAUGCUCCCUGGUGCGGCCACUGCAAGCGCAUGACGGAGGAUUACAAGAAGCUCGGGCAGCUGGUCGAGUCGGACCCCAAGCUCAAGGCGCGCGUCAUCGUGGCCAAGGUCAACGCCGACGAGCACCGCUCCCUGGGGCAGCGCUUCGACGUGAAGGGGUUCCCCACCAUCAAGCUCUUCCCGCGCGGCAAGGCCCCCACCAAGGACUCGGCGGAGCGGUGCGCGGGGCAGGGCGGCGGGGACCUGCGGCGGGCCACCGCCGAUGCUGCGGGGCAGGAGGCAUGCGACGACGCGGACGCCCCUCAUGCGGCGCACUACGAGGGGGCCCGCACAAGCGACGCCUUUGCCAAGUUCCUGCUGGACAAGGUCGCCGCAGACAAG